CAAAAUGUGAUAUUGUCACAAAGACGUGUGCACCAUCUUGUCGACAAACAGGUACGGUUUGAUAACAGUAGUUACUCACAGUUAGCCUCCAAAACUAACAGUGUUUAUCGAUCAUCGAUCAUCAGUAAUCAUGCCUAAAUGUCCAAAUUGUACAAAGGAAGUGUAUUUCGCUGAAAAAGUGACGUCACUGGGGAAGGACUGGCACAGGCCGUGUCUGAAGUGUGAAAAAUGUAAAAAGACGUUAUCAGCCGGAAGUCAUGCCGAACAUGACGGGAAGCCAUAUUGUAAUAAGCCAUGCUACGCUACCUUGUUUGGACCUGGAGGCUUUGGUCGUGGAGGAACAGAGAGUUUCAAAUACUGAGCGGCCGUCCACCCCUCUGAUGUAUCCAACGGUGUAGCUAACCACUAUUGGAGUCCAUGUCAUGUAUACUGUCGUUCUGAACUUCUGCAGGGGCCAAAUCAGCAAUGUUUCAUUUUAGGCAUUUCAACUUUUAAACGCCAAAUGACUUUUUGUUCAAGCAUGGCUCACUAAGUUAUAAAUCUUCACAAAUCUUCACAAAUCUUAAUUCAUUAUCAUCAAAACUUAUACUUGAGAACUUGUUCAUAAUAAAUUGUCAUAAAAAUGUAUGCAUACAGUUCUUAAAAUUAAAUGCAAAUAUUUCUACA